UGCCUCGGUGCCCGUGGUCCGGCCUGCCUGGUGACUCGGUGCCCGCUGUUGUGCCAGGUGACUCGGUGCCCGCUGUCGUGCCAGAUGACUCGGUGCCCGCUGUCAUGCCAGAUGACUCGGUGCCCUGCUGUCGAGCCUGGUGACUCGGUGCCCGCUGUUCUGCCAGAUGACUCGGUGCCCGCUGUUCUGCCAGAUGACUCGGUGCCCGCUGUCGUGCCAGAUGACUCGGUGCCCGCUGUUGUGCCAGAUGGCCCAGUGCCCACUGCCUCGCCUGAUGGCCCAGUGCCCGCCGCUCCACCUGAUGGC